AUAUACCACUUUAGGAAUAGUAUAAAAGGCCUAGCCAAUCAAGAUUCAAAUGAACAAUGUACUGUAGCUAGUUGACACCUGAGGACGUAACCUCGUGUAACAGUAACAAACAUUCGUAUGUAUCGGCUGUAUAACAUCACUGAGGUCCUGCCCCACCAUCUAUGUAUACUGGAUUAAAACAAUUCUAUCCGAAUACUACCUGUACCUGUAAACCUCACAGCCUUACGUAUUAUCACCAUGGAGACUACUCCUGACACCCCCGUUACCCGCAGCUUUGCGGUCAUCUUCGUCCUCGGACCUCCUGGCGCCGGAAAAGGAACACUCUGUACUCAUCUAGCACAAACGCACAACUUGACACACUACUCUGUCGGCGACAGCCUCCGUGAUUGGAUGCGCCGAAACCAUGCCACAUCACUUGGAGUCCGAAUCAAAGACAAGCUCGAUAAUCAGGGAUUUCUUACCUCGGAAGAUCUGAAUCCGUUCAUUUGCCAGGCGAUAAAAGAGGCCAUCUACAAAGAUGAACCCAAAUCUCAAGGCAUUCUAAUCGAUGGAUUUCCGCGAUGCAUAGAGCAACUAGAAUCUUUUAACACGUGGCCGUUUCAGGACGAGCUGCCACUUGCCCCGAGUAGUGAUGGUUGGGCGAGAGCAAAUGCAAAACCGGAUAUCGUACUAUGUUUCGAAGUUACCAAGCAAAAUGCGGAAGCAAGAUAUCUAGCCCGAGGGCGAGACAGCAACGACAGCAAAGAGAAGUUCGAGAGACGUUUCGUAGAAUAUGAGGCGGAGACCAUGGCGGUUGAGGAAGUUUAUCGGCAGCGUGGCAUUUUGAUAAAUGUUGAUGCAAAUGGAACGAAGGAGCAGAACGUUAAUGAGUUGACAAAGAAGCUUGAAGAAAGCGGAUUGUGGCAGAAGGUUAUUGAGGGAAGUACAACGCAGUUUCUUGUGUGAAAAGGCGUAAGAAAUGGGAGCAUCUUUGGUGUGUUAUUGCCCCACGUUCUUAUCUAAAAGCAUCGUUCCGGUCGAAAGUCUCCCUUCCUAGUGUAUUCGCAGAUAUCAAGCGGAUAGACGCCUGUUUUAUCGGCUGCUAUUCUUCAGGGGCAAUGCUCAACCUAUUUGACCAUGUUGGCGCUUUUCUGUUGUCACAUUGGAAAAUGAGGACUUGUUCGUACGAAACAAGUAUACCGAGAGGGGGGAGUGGGAUGAUGAGAGUUGGUGGCGUACUAUUUCCGAUAUGGAGAGCUUUGAGACUUGGUUCUUCCCGGCACUUCAACGGAAACUCGGAAGAGAAGCGUGGUAUUAAGUACCUAAGGAAUCAUCGGUUUGAGACACUGACUAUCAGAGAAGACGAUGAUGAUUCCUUUCGAUACUGAUUAGAACUCAAGUUUUUUUUUUCUGAUGUUGUAAAUAGGCAGACAACAUUGAUAAGAGGCGCUUGAGAUUUCCAUUUACCCUAACCCUUAGGCCAACCUUCUACGACCACCCGGAUAGAUGAUGUCUUACAGUAACGAUUCGUUUUGUACACUAUUGGGUAUCCGCGGCUCUGGG